CGUGUAUGCAGCUUGUCAAAAUUGUGUAUAAACCUGCUCACUUGCCAUGCAACGUUGGUUCCCUAUCUCACUUUUCUUGCAAACAUUGCACACCUCAACCACUCAAGAAUUAACUCUCUCUGAACCCGCUUCAACUUGUCCCGCAGAAUGAACCUGUUUACCUGCAAGGUUGUACUCGCACAUGGCGGGGUGUCAACCAGCAUCCCCAUUCCUGGGGACAACUUCCUUGUCGCCAAGGAGCUCGCCACGUCUUUUCUGGAUGGCGGUCCUCCUGCUGUUUCCACGGAAAUCGAACUCGUCGCACUCUUUUUGACGUACUGCAGCUCCUGUAAUCCCGAUGUUGCCGUCGCUGUAUUUCUUCACUUCCACCAAGGAUUUUGCGCCAACGAGAACAUCCAUGCUGUGGUCCAGCAGCUGAGCCUGUCCUUUGAGCAAGCGCGAACCGUCAUGAAGGGGUAUUACUCGGUCUGGAACACCCUUGAGAUGCGUCAGUUGCUGCCUGAGGUCUCUGCUCCUGCUAUCUUUUCAGACCCAGGCAUAAAACUUGCUGCCAUGUUUGGUGGGCAGGGCGGAGCAGACAGCUACGUUGACGAAGCAGCAUGGCUUCUCGAUGUUUAUGGCCCGCUGCUGUCAGACUUUGUCGCUCAUAUGUCUGACUUCCUCAAGCGCGAAUCCGCUGACCCCCUAUUGGCGAAAGCCCAUUCACGUCCACUGGACAUUGCUGGCUGGCUUGCUUCUCCCGACGCAAUGCCUGACGCCAAGUAUCUGCUGACUGCACCAGUCAAUACGCCCAUGCUAGGACUGAUUCAGGCGAUGCAUGUGGCUGUCUUGUAUAAGACACUCAAUAUGAGCCCUGGCGACCUCGUCUCACGCUUUAAUGUUGCAAUCGGACACAGCCAGGGCCUACCAAUGGCUGCUGCCUUUGCUUCCGUGACUGACGAGGCAUCAUUCUAUGCUGCCACCGAGAACGCCCUUGGUAUUCUCCUUAUGCUGCCUUCGAUUGGUCAACAGAAUUGGUCUUCGAGCAUUUCAGGCAUCAACAUAUCGGGAUCUUCGCUGCUGCAAACUGCUGGCUCAUUGGCAAUAAUGAUCUCAGUUCGUGGUCUGGCCCAAGAAACGCUAGAGUCACUAAUUUCUGUAUUCAAUGAAGAUCGCACGGACAGAGAAUCAAGGGUUAGCCUGGCCCUAAUCAACAGCCGCUCUGAUUUUGUCGUUGCUGGCCACCCGAAUGUCAUCGCCUGCUUUGCAAAGCUUAUUAACAAGCACAGCGUCCUCCCAACACAGAGUCAGUCGCGCAUCCAAUUCUCACAACGCAAGCCUGCUGCUGCCGUUAGCCCACUUGCAAUGACGGUGCCAACUCACUGUGAGCACGUAAGGGAUUACGCACCAGCGGGGUACGAAUGUGCGGCUUCCAAGGGGUGGGCUUUCGAUGCCAGUGCUCUUCGUAUCCAAGUCAAUGGUGGAGAUGAUGGGCACGACCUUCGUGAUGAAGCUGAUCUCACUCGGUUCUUGAUUGACAGUCUGGCUAUGAACCGUGUUAACUGGCCGGCAGCAGUCAACAGCACUGAUACCGCGUUUAUCAUUGACUUCAGUCCAGGUGGCUUCAGCAUCUUUGGGAAAUACACCAGAGACAUUCUGGAUGGCUACGGCAAAACCGUCAUCAGCACCAGCUCGCUUAUUGCUAACACUAAGUUUCGCAUGGGGUCUAAGGCCGAUUUGUUCAAGCGGAAUAUAUCCGACGUCUUCUUGGCACCAAACUGGCAGAGCGCUUUCGGUCCACGCCUUGUUCGCACCGCACAUGACGGUCGGCUUCAUAUUUGCACCCGCAUGUCCCUCACUCUUGGACUCCCGCCUGUGAUGGUUGCAGGGAUGACCCCGACUACGUCCAACGAGCACUUUGUUGCAGCUAUCAGCAAUGCCGGGUACUAUGUCGAGCUUGCUGGUGGCGGGAUGUUUAACGAGAGGUUGUUCAGUAAGAAGGUUGGGAAUUUGGUCAACCUCCUUGAAUCUGGUAGCGGAUUCGCGGUCAACACGGUCUACAUGAAUCAGAAGCAGUGGGCGUUCCAGUAUCCCAGUAUCCUGCGUAUGCGGCGGGAAGGAGUGCCGAUCACAGGGCUCUGCAUUGGCGGUGGUGUUCCCUCAGUUGACGUUGCCAACAGUAUAAUCGCAAACUUGCGCAAUGCAGGCAUAAAGCAUGUUGCCUUCAAGCCCGGGUCAGUGGCUACAAUUCUCCAGACACUUGCGAUCGCCAGGACAAACCCCGACUUUCCUGUCAUUAUCCAGUGGACUGGCGGUCGCGGUGGUGGCCACCAUUCGUGUGAAGACUUCCACAGGCCAAUUCUGGAGACCUACAGCAAGAUCCGGGCACUGCCAAACACCAUCCUGGUCGUUGGGUCAGGGUUCGGCGACGCCGAUAGCAUUCUGCCAUAUCUCUCCGGCCAGUGGAGUGUCCAGUUUGGAUAUGCGCCUAUGCCUGUUGAUGGAGUAUUGUUAGCGUCGUGUGUCCUCACUGCAAAAGAGAGUGCCAUAUCUCUGGAAGCAAAGGAGCUCAUUGCGGCAGCCACUGGCGUUGAGGACAGCGAGUGGGAGUCAUCAUAUACUGGCAAUGCUGGCGGAGUGAUAUCAACCUUGUCCGAUUUUGGAGAACAUGUCCACCUUCUAGCUACUCGAGCUGCGCUGGCUCUCAGAGAGUUGAACGACAUGGUCUUCACGAAGCCAUAUGCUGACCAGCUGCCGACAAUCAUGGCAAACAAGGAUCAUAUCAUUAAGCGGCUCAAUAUUGACUGUGCGCGGCCAUGGUUUGGCAAGAAAUCCGACGGGCGGGUGGUUGAUCUGGAAGAGAUGACGUACCUGGAAGUACUCAAUCGACUCGUGGAACUGAUGUACGUCGCAGACAAGUCCAGGUGGUUGGAUGUGUCGUAUGGAAGGCUGUUUGGGGAAUUCGUUUCUAGGGUCGAGGACCGAGUAUCUGGAGCAGAAAGUCCACGCAUGUUCCAACGCUACAUUCAACUCCAGGAGCCACUAACCAUUAUCAAGUUGGUGGACAAGAGCUACCCAGAGAUAAGCCGGGUCCUUAUUGCGCUUGAGGAUGUUCAGUAUCUGGUCUGGCUUUGCAAGCGCUCUGGGGCCAAGCCAGUUCCAUUCAUUCCUAUCCUCGACGCCGACCUGCAUGUUUGGAUGACAAAGGACAUGUAUUCACAGGCUGAGGAUUUGGAUACAGUUGUUGACAGAGAUGUCCAGCGCACUGUUAUUGCCUUGGGCCCUGUGUCUGCGAAGUAUGCCACCACAGUCAACGAACCGGUCAAGGAUAUACUCGACCGUGUUUACACCGGGCUAACGGAAAAGCUUAGCAUGUGCAGUUUCGAUAAGGAUGCAUCUCUAGUCCGUCCUUGCGAGUACCUUGCACCAGAGCCUUUUCCAGUAUCGCUCCCUACCUCGGUUGCAGUGGCUGUUGAUGAGUCAAGCCGCACAUACAAGCUCCCAACUGAUGCAGCACUGCUUCCAGAUCCUGAUGUAUGGCUGGAGGCACUGGCUGGUCCUACUCAGAGCUGGUUUCGUGCACUUCUCACAUCGCCAGUGGUGGUUCGCAAAUCACUGUACGCUGCAAAUCCAAUAAGGCAGGUUCUGCAGCCGAUGGCAGGGCAGACAGCGGAGGUGGUCCUUGCUGGCGAUAGGCCGGUCAAGCUCGAUAUCCAUGGACCAACUGGGCUAUUGGACAUUCGCAUACAGCUCCAUGAUGAGAAGAUUAUUCUGAUGAUUAUUUACCAUCGGAUUGGCGAGGAGCAGUUUGAGAUUCGGUUCCCGUACAUCUACAUGCCAUCCAAACCUGCAGUACUUGUUGCUGAGGACGUUGAGGGCCGGGAUUUAUCAUUCCGCGAUAUUUAUCUGCGUGUGCAUGGCCUUGCAGACGAGCCUAGCAACAUAAACCGCGCUGACGUAGAACAGCACUUCUCGGCUCGUGCGCUCAAAUCAUUCACCAUCAGCCAAGAGUUUGUUCAGAAGUACUGUUCUAGUGCUCACAUCACGUCAAAGUAUUACAAAAUGGCGGCCGACGAGCUACAGCUGGCCCCAAUGGACAUAUUCUUCAGCAUCGGGAUUAGCCAGCUGGCGUCUGUCCUGACCACUCCCCCUCUGCAUAGAGGUCUCCUCGGGAUCAUUCACUUGAGCCACAGUACAAAAUAUGCAGCAGGCGCAUUGCCACUGCGAGCUGGAGAAACUAUAGACUACGGCGUGAGUCUCUCUGCAUUGGAGAAUAUCGACAUUGGCCAUAAGCUGACAUUCAUUUCGAGGUUUUGGCGCGAAGGAAUCCUCACUGCUACAUCUGAAGAUGUUAUUGCCAUACGUGGCCAGUAUUCAGCAUGCAACCAAAUGUUCCGAUCAAUGGAUGAACCCGCGCGACGCAUGUUAAUCACAUCCGAUGAGAAGGCGGCAUUACUUGAAUCCAAAGAAUGGUUUGUGUCCAUGGAAUCUCCUGAGCCAUUCAAAAUCGCCUGCGGAGAUAUGCUGGAGUUUAGGCUUUACUCGCACUAUCAGUUCAAAUCCAAAGAUCUGUAUUCCAAGAUCAAAACCUAUGGACCCGUAUAUCGCCUGAAACCAUAUAGGGAGGCCGAACAUGUUGCCGAUGUUUAUUAUGAAACUGUAAAUUCAUAUGGCAACCCGGUCAUCGAAUAUAUCAGCCAGAAUAUACAAAAUGACAUUGGUUCAGUGCGCUUUGAGCACUGUGGCUUACCGAUCCAGUGUGCAGAAGCUUCUGACAUCAUGACUGCGAAGGCGCCGUCAGAAAACUGCGAAUUUGCCCACGUUUCUGGAGAUCAGAACAUGCUGCACACAAAUCCGUAUGUUGCAGCAUAUAUCGGAGAAUCGGAAAUGAUUUGCCAUGGCAUGUGGUCAUCAGCCGCAUCCCGCGCUAUUGUUGAACGUGUUGUUGCAGAUAACGACCCUCGGCGCAUGCGCUCAUACAGCGUCCAGUUUGUUGGAAAGGUCUAUCCAAACGACAAACUUCGGGUAGAACUGGCUCACACAGGAAUGAACAGCGGACACAUGGUUAUCGAUGGCAAGACUGUAAACCAGAAUGGGGAAACAGUGCUGACGCUCACAGCUGAGGUUGCCCAGGCAAAGACUGCAUAUGUGUUUACUGGCCAGGGGUCGCAGUUUGUUGGCAUGGGGAUGGAUCUAUACAUGUCAUCCACAGCUGCCAGAGAUGUGUGGGACCGAGCUGACAGACACAUGUUGAAGCACUAUGGUGUCUCACUACUGAAAAUAGUCCAGGAGAACCCGAGCGAGUACUUGGUUAAACUCGGUGGCAAGAAGGGCACACCAAUUCGUACAAACUACCUCUCUUUGGUACGUGAAUAUGACGGCAAGAUAGAGCAACUGAUUCCCGGAAUCACUCAGUCAUCGAAAUCAUACACGCACCGCUAUGCAAAUGGCCUGCUCAAUGCGACACUGUUUACACAGCCGAUACAGACGGUGAUGUCGCUGGCUCAAGCUGCAGACAUGCGUGCUCAUGGUCUUAUCCAGGAUGAUGCCAUUGUCGCUGGCCAUUCGCUUGGCGAGAUUGGGUCACUUGCUGCAAUUGCUGAGAUUGUUUCUGUCGAGGAUGCGGUCGAUAUUGCUCUCUAUCGCGGGCUUUUGCUCCAUACAUCAGUAGAUCGGGAUGCCAAUGGCUGCUCCCAGUAUGCGAUGGUAUCUGUCAACCCUAAGCGUGUUGUAACUGGCUUCAGCGAGGUUCAACUACUCCUAAUUGUUGACUAUAUUCGUGAGCGGAAGCAACAGCUCCUAGAAGUUAUCAACUACAACGUCCGCGGACAACAGUACAUUGUUACAGGGCAUAUUGAGAGUUUGAAUAUCAUGUGUGAGACUCUAGAUAGACUCUCAGCAGGGCAUAAUAAGCUUGCAGAUAAAGGAGAUGAUGCGCUGCCAAACAUUAUCGCCGAUGUUCUAGCUGAGUAUCCAACUGCACAUCUACUCGAGAAUGGUAGAGCAAUAAUCAGCAUUCCUGGAAUUGAUGUUCCCUCGCACUCUAGCAUAUUGCUGUCAAGUGUUGAUACUUUCCGCAGAGUGCUUGACCGAAAAAUCACGCAUAUACAAAAGCUUGGCAUACUGCUGUGUGGGAAGUAUAUACCAAAACUGACUGGGCAGCCAUUUGAGACCACAAAGGAAUAUAUCGAGAGUGUCUAUGCCCUCACUCGCUCACUAGUCCUUGAAGGUAUUCUUCAACGAUGGGACACAUGUAGCGACGAUCCACCAAACAACUUGGAACAUAUUGCACGAGCUCUUCUUAUUGAACUGCUAUCUUUCCAGUUUGCCUCGUCAGUAAAUUGGAUUGAGACCCAAGAUUCAGUCUUCAACAAGUGCUCAGUAGAACGCCUCAUUGAGAUUGGUCCGAAGCCUACGCUGUGUCGUAUGGCAGCACAGACUUUGGAGGCUAGCAGCUGGUCCAAGGAUAUAGUAUCUAUUCGACAUGCAGCCCAAGAUAGGGCUGAGGUAUAUCAUUUAGCUGCUCGGGAAGAGGCCAGUGUACCUGCUGACUUCUUAUCAGUGGCACCACCUCAGACUUCAGGCAGCAAACCAACUAAGCAAGAGGGAUCAUCCGAGGCCUCUAGCCCCACUGUGGACGAGCAAGCAGCCUUGCAUACAAUCCAGUCAGCUGCUAUGACCUCGGUUGAUGAUGUGCCAAUUCCAAUUGUUGAUGUUAUAAGGGCAGUGAUAUCUCAAAAACUUUCUAUAGCUGUAUCCGAAGUGUAUCCUAACAAGUCGAUUAAGGAGCUUGUUACUGGAAAGUCCACGAUACAAAAUGAGCUUUUUGGGGACUUUCAGAAGGAGUUUGACAAUGGCCUACCUGGACAUGCAGAGGACCGACCCUUGGAGGAGCUUGCCAAAAUCCUUGGAACCUCAACGACUUCUCUUGGCAAGCACUCCCAGGCACUAGUCAAUAAGGUGUUUGCCGGAAAGUUCCCAAGUGGGUUCAAACAAUCAGUUGCUCGUUCGUAUUUGAGAAACAAAUACAGGCUAGGUCCGCGUAGACAGGAUGCUCUGCUAUUAUUGUCGGUUACAAUGGAGCCCCUCACCCGACUUGCGGAUGAGGAAGCAGCUAAAGCUUGGUUGGAGUCAGCAGCCCAGAUGUAUGCAGACCACGCGGGGCUGUCAUUGACAGCACUGUUGCGCGGUGGUGAAAACAGGAACACAAAUUCACCAUCCGUUGCUAUUAACAGUGCUGAAUUCGACAAAGCACAAAAUGCCCACAGGAGGCUCGUCCUUGAGCAGAUAGAAGCACUCGCCAGACAUGCAGGACUCGAUAUGCGCCAAGGGGCUAGAUCAGCUGAAGAGCUCCAAUUAAAAGUUGCAGUCCUAGAAUCGCGAAUAGAUGGCAUCAUGCAUGAGUUUGGUAGUGAAUUGAUAGAUAAGGCCAACACACUAUUCGACGCAAACAAGGCUCGCCAUUUUAACUCGUACUGGAAUUGGGCCCGCCAGGACGUGUUUGAAUGGGUCUCUGGCAUUUUGGGCGGAGAGGAACCAGGCAUGGACUGUGCUACGUAUAUGAAACGUGUUCAUAUGCUCAAGAACCGGUCCAACCCUGGACUGCUCUCAAUGCUACAGGCAUUUAUUGGGACUCUCAAAGCAGACCCUUGCCCAUAUGCUCAACGUGCACUGAAGCAAACGGAGAUUAUCUAUGCAGCGUGUAGGGAGUCAGAAAAUGUGCCUCCAGUCUACAAAGAGCUUUCGACCCCACUGCGUCCUCAUACAGAGAUCACGUUCAGAGGUGAUAUCGACAGCUGUGAGUUUCCCAGAGAGGGGGAGCAAUCGAUAGGUGACUACGUUCAACAGAUGAAAUGUGCCAGCAAGGAUGGGCUACCUCUGCUGUAUAUGUACGGUCGGCAGGCUGGAAACGCCUGGACAUAUAGCAAGGAGAUUUCUGACGCAUACUUUGCUUCAAUGGAGGAUGCAGCAGUGAAUGGUAUAUCAUUUGAAGGCAGGUGUGCACUGGUUACCGGGUGUGGAAAGGGAUCCAUUGGCUCAGGUUUGGUUGAGGGCUUGCUAUCUGGUGGAGCCAAAGUGGUUGCUACAACGUCCAAUUAUUCCCUGUCGUCAAUCCGAUUCUUCGAAGAGAUGUACCGGAAGUUUGGUUCCCGCGGAUCUGAGCUGGUUCUUGUCCCCUUCAACCAGGCAUCAUCAUGUGAUAUAGAGGCUCUCAUCCAGUAUAUCUACAAUAAGGAUGGCCUUGACUGGGAUCUGGACUAUAUUGCUCCAUUUGCUGUGUUCCCAGAUCAUGGCAAAGAUGCAGGGAGCAUCGACUCCCACUCUGAGUUAACGAUUCGCAUUCUAUUGACAAACUUGUUCCGGAUAAUAGGACAGGUUAAGGCGGCUAAAAUAAAGACAGGGAAUUCUCUUCUUCCAUCGCUGCUUAUUUUACCACAUUCGUCUAAUCAAGGAGUAAUGGGCAAUGACGGAAUGUACGGCGAAACAAAGGCUGCAUUACACACGCUGUAUGCCCGCUGGCAUACCGAACCAUGGUCAGAGUACAUUUCAAUCACUGGUGGUGUAAUCGGGUGGACCCGUAGCACGAGGCUGACGUCUGGAAGUGCAAAUAUGUUUGAAACUAUGGAGGAAAUGGGGAUGCGUACGUUCUCUCGUGAGGAAAUGUCAUUCAACAUACUUUGCCUGCUAUCACAAGGGAUGGAAGAGGCAGCGCACAACAAUCCUGUGUUUGGCAACUUCAAUGGAGGGUCAUAUUCUAUUGAGACAGUGAGCAGGGAGCUAUCAGCGCGACGCCUGAAACUAGUAAAAGCUGCUAGCCUAAGAAGAGCCACCUAUCUGGAUGUCUGCACAUCGUAUUCUGUUGAGAAACAGGAAGGUUGGGCAAAAAUGACGCAUCACAGAAUAGACGCGCCACUUGUAAAGUCACAUGAACAACUCGAACACCUAAGAUACCUGGAGGGCAUGGUUGACUUGGAUAAGAUUGUGGUUGUGACAGGAUUCGGUGAAGUUGGACCAUUUGGGAAUGCAGCCUUGCGCUGGGAACAGGAGGCAUAUGGUAUGUUCUCGAUGGAAGGCUGCAUUGAGCUGGCAUGGAUGAUGGGGCUGAUCAAGAGGUUCUCUGGCGACCAUCCGGGGAUAGGUACCCAUUACAUUGGCUGGGUUGACGCAAAGACACAGGAGCCAGUGCAUGACAUGAAUGUCAAGGCUAAGUACGAGUCAUAUAUCUUGGAACAUACCGGCAUUCGUGUUGCUGAACCUGAAGUUUGGGGAGAGGAUGCGGUGAAUAUGAAGUCCUUCAUGCGCGAGCUUCAGAUCGAUCAGGAUAUGCCUCCAUUUGAGACCAGUGCUGAGGAAGCUGUCCAUUUCAAGCAGAUUUCUGGCGAGAAAGUUGACACGUGGGAGAACCCUGAUGGAACGUGGUCGGUCAGACUCCUUAAAGGCGCUGUAAUCCAUGUGCCAAAAGCAGUUGAAAUCGGACACACUGUUCUUUCUCAAAUACCGACUGGGUGGGACCCAGUUCGGCUGGGAAUACCUGGGGAUCUUGCGCUGAAAAUGGAUGAUAUUAACCACUACACCCUUAUUGCUAUGAUGGAGGCGCUCGUCAGAUCUGGCAUUACAGAUCCGUAUGAGCUCUACCAGUACUUCCAUGUCUCAAAGGUCGGGCAUUCAGUCGGAUCUUGCUUUGGUGGGGCGAAAAAUCUUGUUGGCGUCAUACGCGACAAGUAUCUAGAGAAGAAAGUGGGCUCGGGAAUGAUGGUUGAGAGCACCAUCAAUAAUAUGAGCGCAUGGCUCAAUACGCUUCUGUUCUCGGCAUCAGGCCCAUUAAAGCCGACUGUUGGCGCAUGUGCUACCUCAGCCAUUGCACUAGAUCUUGCCGCGGAGUCAAUUGUCCAGGGUAAAGCGGAUGUCAUGAUCGCUGGUGCAGGAGAAGGGUUCGCGAAUGAUACUACAUAUGAGUUCAAUAUGAUCAGUGCCACAGCAAGUGCCAGAGAUGAGCUAAGAAAGGGGAGAGCUCCUCAGGAAAUUUCACGGCCCUGCACGUCUACCAGAAGCGGGUUUGCCGAUAGCUAUGGCUCGGGGAUGGCUGUUCUCAUGUCCGCGUCUGCAGCACUUAAAAUUGGAGCACCUAUCUAUGGAAUUUUGGCAAUGUCUGCCACUGCCACCGACAAGUCAACACGUAACCCCACUGCUCCAGGCCAAGGAAUACUGUCGAUUGGAAAAGAGAGUCCUACCCCGUCAGACUUGCAACUGCUUGAUAUCCAUUAUAGGAGGCAGAUGCGUGACGCACAGCUGGCUGCAUUAGAUCACAUCAGCAGUACCAGCGUGGCGAACAAGAUGAAAAAGAUAGCCAAGACAACAUGGGGCAACGACUUUUACAAAAUGGGUGAGUCCAUCUCGCUCCUUCGUGCUGCACUAGCGACAUGGGGUCUUGGUGCAGAUGAUAUUGGGCUGGCGUCAUUCCACGGAACAUCGACAAAGUUGAAUGAUGUAAACGAGUCGAACAUUGUGAACAUGCUCUUGAAGCACGUUGGACGCACGCCUGGUCUUCCGGUUCCUGUGGUUUGCCAAAAGUGGCUUAUAGGUCAUAAAAAGGCUCCAGCAACGAUUUGUUCAAUGCAUGGCAUUCUUCAGUCAAUGACAACAGGACUCAUUCCGGGGAAUAGGAACGCGGAUAAUAUCGAUGACGAGCUGGAGCAGCACGAACACCUUGUAUACCUGAGCAAGACUAUUCGUGCGCCAGCUAUCAAGGCCGCGCUGUUCACGUCGUUUGGAUUCAGCCAGUCCAAUGGAGCGGGGCUUAUCGUUCAUCCGGACUACCUAUUCGCAACACUUUCAAAGGAGGAGCUGGUCGAGUACACAACUAAAGUCGAUGAGCGCAUGAAGAGAUCGACCCGCUACUGGCAGGGAGCACUUCUUGGAAACCACACAUAUUUCCAGGCAAAGGAGGAGCCCCCGUUCUCACAGGAGCAGGAGGCAUCUGUGUUCCUGGAUCCUGGUGUAAGGGCCAAACUUGACUCGAAAACCAAGCAGUACAGGUUCUAA